AAUGCCCCUGAUUACACCGAGUACUGUGCACUUGUUUGACUUUUCAUCAAUGGCCUAAAAGUUAAGCGGCCCCGUUGCGCCGGCAGGUGCAGCCUCACGCAGUUGCAGCCGCAGGCUAGAGCUAGGUCCCUGAUGAGGCAGGCAAUGGUGUGCGAAAUCUUCAGCGCUUAGGAGUACCCAGUGGUUCUUAUUUAGCGGACAGGCAGGGGAGGAUGUAAACUGAAGAUAUAUUGUUUAUAUUCUUACGAUAACCGAUAAUCAUGACACGUUUAAAUAUCAAAAUUACUGGGUGAAGGAGUCAACUGCUUAGCAGAAGAGACUGGAAGUGCAUGCUCCUCGUUGAAGGCAAGCGUUCCUGUGUGUGGUUAUGGGGAGCCGCGGAGGAAACGUAUAUUUGGGGGAUUUCUGCAACAGAGCCUAGUACACCAAUUGAUUUUACAGCACGCAAAUACAGCCUCUAAAAAGGCCCGUUUUGCUUAGAGCUGACUUGGGUAUAAAUCCCAGCUUAACGCUCCAGCAUCCAGCUUUUAUUUUGCUGUGGUCAGAGCCUGAGGACCAGGUGACCCCAAGAACAAAACACUGGGGAUGGAUGAGUGGUGGGGGACACGAUGAAGAGGGGGAAAGGCAUGAGAAACAAUAAUACACGUGAAAACCUCCUGAAAACGGAAAGACGUCUCAGCAAACGUGGUGGUCAGAGGCAGAUUUGUCCUGGAGCUGAUAAACUCCAGCGGCCCGCCCGGUGUUCACCGGGUCAGGUGGAAAAAGUGGGCGCUGCGAUGAAGCGUUGGGGCCUGCAGGGAGCGCGGGGUGGACGCAGCCACGUCUGCAACUCACCUGGACACACACAAAAAGGAAGGCGGAUGGAGUUACAGAUUCACCACAACAUGGCAAAUCUUUUUAUAAGGAAAAUGGUGAACCCUCUGCUGUAUCUCAGUCGUCACACAGUGAAGCCUCGAGCCCUCUCCACAUUUCUGUUUGGAUCCCUUCGAGGUGCAGCUCCCGUGGCUGUGGAACCCAGGGCAGAAGUACGCUCACUUCUCUCACCCGGCCUCCUGCCCCACCUGCUGCCCGCGCUGGGGUUCAAAAACAAGCGUGUCCUUAAGAAGCGCUGCAAGGACUGUUACCUGGUGAAGAGGCGGGGUCGGUGGUACGUCUAUUGUAAAACCCAUCCGAGGCACAAGCAGAGACAGAUGUAGACCCUUUCCCUCCAGAGUCACGCACAUACUCGUCAUCGCGUCACUUGGGAAAAUGGUUGUAUCUUACGGAAGGAAUUAUCACAUCAAGGAGUCGGGGGAAAGUGACUGGAAGCAAACGCGCUAAAAGUUACCCAUCACGUUUCAGUGUAAAUGAGUAACUAUAGAAGACGUUGCAUUAUCUUAUUUCCAAAACGUUCCAAUUAAAAAACAUUUUCCUAUUAAAACAGACCUGAAUA